GCAUGUUCCACUCUUUUCUUGAUCAGCCAGUCAUGUCUCAGCCGACAAAUAGCCAAACAUUGAUGUAUAUUUGAUUAUUUAUACUCUAUUCUGUAAUUAUUUCGAUCUAAGCAAUAAAAAAAGUAUCGAUGUCGAGCUUUGGAGGUAAACAAAGUGGGAAAUCAUCUAACGACGAUUCGAAGAAGAGAUCAAGAUCUCAUAGAGCGGGUUUAAUAUUCCCAGUUGGUAGAAUAGAGAGAAAUCUACGUGAAGGACGCUAUGCAGAUCGCAUUGGUGGAGGCGCCGCAGUAUAUUUAGCGGCUGUUUUAGAGUAUUUGACCGCAGAAGUACUCGAAUUAGCUGGCAACGCCUGCGUAGAUAAUCGCAAACAACGUAUCGUACCACGUCAUCUCCAACUUGCUAUCAGAAAUGACGAAGAAAUUGAUAAAUUACUCAAAAAUGUUGAUAUUUUUCAAGGUGGUACAAUCCCUCAUAUUGAACCUGCACUCUUAGUGGAGAAUAAGAAAUCUAAGAAAUCUAACGAUAUAUCAGAAGAUCAUAACUGAGUUUGUGUUCAUCUAAUAUAUACACGCUUCUUGUAUAAUUACGAUCAUGAAGGUU